AUGGCGCAAUUCCGUGCAAGCUUCGACGUGCGCGGGAAGCCGCUGAGCCAGGCGCGCCACUGGUCGGCGCCCAAGCCGUUCGGCAACCGCGCCUACUUCCGCACGGUGCAGGAGCCCGCGCAGCUCGUGGUGGAGGACGUGCGGCGCCACGACGAGGGCGUGUACCGCUGCCGCGUCGACUUCCGCAACACGCCCACGCGCUCCUUCCGCUACCGCCUCUCCGUCAUCGUAACUUUCCUCCAGCAAAGAUUCAUUCUCAAGCAUUUGGAUGAUUCUGUAAAUUUUGUUGAGACAAAGGCUGAUGCAUGA